UGUAUAAAAGCAUCCAUCCGAUCCCGAUCCCAACCAAGAAAAGAAAGGGCUAUAUAUAACCCCAGAUCCCCAAAUUUCGCAUAAGAAAAAGAAAACCCAAAAUCGCGAUUGGGCAGGCAUGGCUUCCACAACCGGGGGUCUAAGGAAUCGUGAAAUCAAAUUGCUCAAGGCCGAUGGGCGUCAAUUCGUCCGAAGAAAAGAUAAGCUUCAAGAUGGGUCAAGGAAAACAGGCACCAAGUCGGACGAGCAAACGAUUGCCACUUCCCUUCUCCCCGAGGGUACCAAGGCGGUAGAACCAAAUAAUGCCACUUCUCCCCAUGAAGUUGCUGUGCCUUCUUUAGAUCGUCUUGAUCUCAAUCAGAACUCUGAUGGUGCCAUUGAGGACUUGUCUGAAAGUGCUUGGCUUCGUAAUUUUCUUGAUCGUGAAGCUAAGCGUAGCCGCACUAUAAAGUGGAAAAGACUCCGACCUCCAGAUGCAGAUUUUAGUUCUCUUCGGAACUGCCUUAUCGAUCCUCCAGGAGAGGCCGUGUAGACGUUCAUGGAUAUUGCUUGUGUUUUGAAGAAAAGGAAUUGUGCAUCUUUCUUAUAUUUCUUCGGAAACCAGUUUAUUACCCAAAUGUAUUGUUGGUUAAUUUAACGUCAAUAUUCUGAGGAUUUAGAAUUAUUGUGACAAAAUAUUUGAAGAUAAUUUUGUUAUUGUAAACUCUAGUAGAGACGUAGAGUGCUACAUUUGGUUGACUUGAGAAUUACGUCCAAUCUAUUGUUUAUGCACCUAACGAUUUGAUUUCCCAA